UAAUUUGAUUUUACAGUUUUCUCCUACAGAGGAGGAGGUUGCUUGGUUGAAGAAAAGCAUGGUUGUCGUGGUUUGAUCAUUAGAUAUGGUAAUGACAAUCCAGAAUAGGUUCGAUGUUAAUGGAUUAAUGGUGAAUGUGGCUUUGUUAGGAGGUAGACAAGUUUUAUUAUUGGAUAAAACAGAGGGAUGUCUCGAGGAGUUUUUCAAGUGUAAUAGUGAUUUGGUAGAGUCAUGGUUCGAAUGGAUACACACAACCUCUCUAUUGGCUAUGCCUUCAAGAAGUAGAAUGGUAUGGCUUAGAUUUGCUGGCGUUCCAUUGAAAGCAUGGGCAUGGAGUGAGAUGUUUCACAGAGAUGUUUUAUACUCUUUGAUGAAGACACAAGAGCAAAUCGUUUUUAAGAAGAAUGGAGGAUGGAUCCGGUCUGGUGAUUGGUCAGGGAACGAUGAAAUCCGGCAAGCUCGGAAUCAGGCAAGCAAAAUCAGGGGGAGUGAUUCGGCUGGAUUGUGUGAUGUUAAUGGGCUUGCAAAGCAUGGGCCGGGUAGGGAGGAAAGUAUUGGGCCAAAUGAUUUUGGAGAUGAAUUGCAGCUGGAUGAAAGUGGGUCGGGUGGCGUCCCUAUAUCCAUUUCAGGCCAGCUACCGAGGAAGAAUCUAGAAGUUAACAAAAAACACAAGAGUUUGGGUGAGAUUUAUGCAAGGGAGAUGGGAACCAGAUGGAUUACGGCACGAACCAGAAGUCGAAAAGAAAGAAGGAAGCAGCUACUGCGAGGGGAGACGAGGCAGGAUUUUCAGCAAGCUAGUGCUUCAUUGUCCGAUGGCUGUAUAAAACACAGAAAUCGUCUGAUUCGAAGGGAAUUAGAGCUGGAGGAAGUGAGAAGGUUGUUUGAAUUGGGGAAAAGAUUGAGUAUUGAAUGUCAAAAUAAUCAGGAUGAAGUGAUGUCCAGGCUCGUAUCGUUAGAGGAAAGGGAUACAGCCGGUUUCGAGAAGGCCUGAAGCUGGGGGCGGUGUUUAUGCUGAUGAGUGUGGGUAUGUAUUUUCUAUUAUGAAGUUGAUUUCUUUUAAUGUUAGGGGUCUAGGUAAUUUGUUAAAAAGGAAGGAGGUUCUUCGGUUGGUUAGGAAGGAGAAUCCUGAUUUUUGUUUCUUCAAGAAACGAAAUUGGAAGAGGUUGAGGCUUCGAUGUGUAAAACCUUAUGGAAUUCAGAAGAUUUUGAUUGGGUAAAGCAGAAAUCAGUGGCUAGUUCAGGAUGCUUCUUGUGCAUAUGGAAUAAGAACAGUUUUGCUAG